CUAAACUCUAGUCUUAAUCACACUAUAUAUAUAUAGUACUAGUGUGAUUUGCCCAACUUGUCAUCAUUAUCUCUAUCUAAUAAAUGGCGUUACAAAGGCAACUCCUGAAGAGAGCUACUUCCGAUAUCUAUCACCGCCGUGCGAUCUCUCUCCUCCGUACUGAUUUCUCUACUUCUCCUUCGAUUGCUGAUGCUCCGCCGCACAUUCCGCCGUUCGUUCACCAGCCACGGCCGUAUAAAGGUCCUUCCGCCGAUGAGGUUUUACAGAAACGGAAGAAGUUUCUCGGACCUUCUCUUUUCCACUACUACCAGAAGCCUUACGCAAUCGGGGAUUUCAAAUUUGUAGUUGUGAUUUUCGAUCGAUUCAUUAGCUCCCGAAGACUAAGAGGAUUUGUGGACUUAGAAGCCAGCUUGAUGAUCCAUGGAUCUCUGAUUAUUCAGUGUUGAUGUUAUGUUGCAGCUUAACAUCGUUGAAGGGAAGAUGCAGUACUUGUAUGAUGAGAGUGGUAGGCGAUAUCUGGAUGCCUUUGCUGGAAUAGUCACUGUGUCGUGCGGUCACUGCCAUCCGGAUAUUCUUAAUGCGAUUACGGAACAGAGCAAGCUACUUCAGCACGCGACUACUAUUUACCUGCAUCAUGCCAUUGGUGAUUUUGCUGAAGCAUUGGCUGCCAAGAUGCCCGGAAAUCUUAAGGUUGUGUACUUUGUGAAUUCUGGCUCAGAAGCUAAUGAGCUAGCAAUGAUGAUGGCUAGGCUUUACACUGGUAGCCUUGAGAUGAUUUCCUUGAGAAAUGCUUAUCAUGGUGGAAGUUCCAAUACUAUUGGACUAACUGCUCUUAACACAUGGAAGUACCCAUUACCUCAGGGGGAAAUCCAUCACGUAGUAAAUCCAGAUCCAUACCGUGGAGUUUUUGGCUCUGAUGGUUCUCUUUAUGCUAAAGAUGUUCAUGACCACAUCGAGUAUGGUACCUCUGGAAAAGUAGCUGGAUUUAUCGCAGAGACCAUCCAGGGGGUCGGAGGAGCUGUAGAAUUGGCUCCUGGUUACUUAAAGUCGGUUUAUGAAAUUGUUCGCAACGCUGGUGGUGUAUGCAUUGCUGAUGAAGUCCAAACUGGAUUUGGGCGAACAGGAAGCCACUAUUGGGGUUUCCAGACUCAAGAUGUGGUUCCUGACAUAGUCACAAUGGCAAAGGGAAUUGGAAAUGGAUUGCCAUUAGGAGCUGUGGUGACUACACCAGAAAUCGCAAGUGUUUUAGCUAGCAAGAUUCUGUUCAACACUUUUGGUGGGAACCCGGUUUGUUCAGCUGGUGGACUUGCGGUUCUAAACGUUAUUGAUAAGGAGAAACGCCAAGAACAUUGUGCUGAAGUUGGUUCACACCUUAUACAACGUUUGAAAGAUGUGCAGAAAAGACAUGAUAUCAUUGGAGACGUGAGAGGAAGAGGGUUAAUGGUUGGGAUUGAGCUUGUGAGUGACCGGAAAGACAAGACACCAGCCAAGGCUGAAACAUCUGUCUUGUUUGAGCAACUUAGAGAACUUGGCAUUCUCGUCGGAAAAGGAGGACUUCAUGGGAACGUUUUCAGGAUAAAGCCACCAAUGUGUUUCACUAAAGAUGAUGCAGAUUUCUUGGUAGAUGCAUUGGACUAUUCCAUCUCCAGGUUGUGAACAAGGAUGAAACAAAGCCAACGAGAGUUUUUAACCAUAUGAACCGUUUUAAUGUUUCCGCGUCUUUGUAACGAAAACCAAGCCAAGUCUCAUCUCCUUUGAUUUCAGAAUAAAUAAAUAAAAUUUAUUUAUUUCUCAGUGUUGCUAUGACAUAAUACAAAUACAUUAGAAAAGCCCAAUUAUUUUUGUUUUCUUUGUUAAAAUUCCCAUAUUUCAUCUGGUGGACUUAAAAAAAUAAAAUUAUACAUGAGCUAUAUAUUAUUCUGCUAAAGCAUACUUUAAAUAAUAAAAAUUUAAAUUCU